UAGCGCGGCCCCCGCUGGGGCCCAAACCUUCAGCCUGAAGCACUCAGAGCGUGUGCGGGUGGAGAUCGUACGGGACGGGCAGGCUGAGGAGGUAGCCACCAAUGGCAAACAGCGCUGGCCUCUGUCACCUAGUACCACACUGCGGCUCACCAUGAGCCAGGCGAGCACCGAGGCCAGCAGUGACAAGGUCACCGUCAACUACUAUGACGAGGAAGGGACCAUUCCCAUCGACCAGGCGGGGCUCUUCCUCACGGCCAUUGAGAUCUCCCUGGAUGUGGAUGCAGACCGGGAUGGAGUGGUGGAGAAGAACAACCCAAAGAAGGCGUCCUGGACCUGGGGUCCCGAGGGCCAGGGGGCCAUCCUGCUGGUGAACUGUGACCGAGACACACCCUGGCUGCCCAAGGAGGACUGCAGUGAUGAGAAGGUCUACAGCAAGGAAGACCUCAAGGACAUGUCCCAGAUGAUCCUGCGCACCAAAGGCCCCGACCGCCUCCCCAUCGGAUAUGAGAUGGUUCUCUACAUUUCCAUGUCGGACUCGGACAAAGUGGGCGUGUUCUACGUGGAGAACCCGUUCUUCGGCCAGCGCUACAUCCACAUCCUGGGCCGGAAGAAGCUCUACCACGGGGUCAAGUACACAGGUGGCUCUGCAGAGCUACUGUUCUUCGUGGAAGGCCUCCGUUUCCCUGAUGAGGGCUUCUCGGGCCUGGUCUCCAUCCAUGUCAGUCUGCUGGAGUACAUGGCCGAGGAGAUUCCCCUGACACCCAUCUUCACAGACACUGUGACAUUCCGGAUUGCUCCGUGGAUCAUGACCCCCAACAUCCUGCCUCCUGUAUCGGUGUUUGUGUGCUGUAUGAAGGACAACUACCUGUUCCUAAAAGAGGUGAAGAACCUGGUAGAGAAAACCAACUGUGAACUGAAGGUCUGCUUCCAGUACAUUAACCGAGGCGACCGCUGGAUUCAGGAUGAGAUUGAGUUUGGCUAUAUCGAGGCCCCCCACAAAGGCUUCCCUGUGGUGCUGGACUCUCCCCGAGAUGGAAUGCUGAGAGACUACCCCAUGAAGCAGCUCCUGGGCCCAGAUUUUGGCUACGUGACCCGGGAGCCCCUCUCUGAGUAUGUCACCAGCCUUGAUUCCUUUGGGAACCUGGAGGUCAGUCCCCCGGUGACUGUGAAUGGCAAGACAUACCCCCUUGGCCGGAUCCUCAUCGGGAGCAGCUUUCCUCUGUCCGGCGGUCGGAGGAUGACCAAGGUGGUACGUGACUUCCUGCACGCGCAGCAGGUGCAGGCGCCCGUGGAGCUCUACUCUGACUGGCUGACUGUGGGCCACGUGGAUGAGUUCAUGACCUUUGUCCCCAUCCCAGGCACAAAGCAAUUCCGGUUGCUCAUGGCCAGCACCUCAGCCUGCUACAAGCUCUUCCGAGAGAAGCAGAAGGAAGGUCAUGGGGAAUCCAUCAUGUUCAAAGGCUUGGGUGGCAUGACCAGCAAGCGAAUCACCAUCAACAAGAUUCUGUCCAAUGAGAGCCUUGUGCAGGAGAACCUGUACUUCCAGCCUGUUCCAAGGCCCACUUCCCCCAUCCCAGUCCAGCAGUUAGCACAGGGGGGCCUGGGCUUGGGUGGCAUGACCAGCAAGCGAAUCACCAUCAACAAGAUUCUGUCCAAUGAGAGCCUUGUGCAGGAGAACCUGUACUUCCAGCGCUGCCUGGACUGGAACCGCGACAUCCUCAAAAAGGAGCUGGGACUGACAGAACAGGACAUCAUUGAUCUUCCCGCCCUGUUCAAGAUGGAUGAGAAACGCCAGGCCAGAGCCUUCUUCCCAAACAUGGUGAACAUGAUCGUGCUCAACAAGGACCUGGGCAUCCCCAAGCCAUUCGGGCCACAUGUUGAGGAGGUAUGCUGCCUGGAGACCCAUGUGCGUGCCCUGCUGGAGCCCCUGGGCCUUGUCUGCACCUUCAUCGAUGACAUUUCUGCCUACCACAAGUUUCUGGGGGAAGUCCACUGUGGCACCAAUGUCCGCAGGAAGCCCUUCACCUUCAAGUGGUGGCACAUGGUGCCCUGACCUGCAGGAGCCCUCAUACUUCCCUCCUUCCUGAGUUCUCCAGACUCCUCACUCCCCCUAGAUCCUCCCCCUGCCUGACAUGGACUGAAGGACCCUGCUGGGAGACCUUGAAGAAAUGGGGUGGGAUCUGGGGUAUCUGCACCUGGUCCUCCCUGAGAAGGGCCUUGGUGUCCAUUGAAGACACCACUCUGUCCUUCCUGAAAAUAGCUGGGCAUUUGGCCAGUGUCUGUAUAGCCCCAACAUGAGAAACAAAACAAAACAAAACCAAAAAACAUGUAUCCAAACCAUUCCCAAAGAAUUCUUAGUCUCCAGUCCCAAACCGAAAGAGGGGGGAACAGAAGGAGGUCUUGGAUGGCAACUUCUCCCAGCAGCCAUGCCCCGAAGUUCAAGAUAGAACACAUGGAAAGGGACCCUGUGACCCAAGAUAUACCUUGAACUGCCACCAUCAUUUCAAAUUCGCCUCCCUUGAAGUUUCCAGGUGGCCACCCCCAAUUGUUCAUUCCUUACCAGCCUCUCUUUACUCCCU